AUGUAUAAUCCUCGGUUUGAGACAAUAACAAAAACGGAAGUGCGCCACACUCGCACAGUAAAUGGAAAAGUUGUUGCAGAUGACUACGAUAGUCACAUCGACAGGGAUGUAAAAUAUGGGGCCUACUCAGCCAAACGCCUCAAGGGUAUUGAGGACAGCUAUAACAUUGAUGGCAGAAGUGAAGGGGGUCUUGUAACCCGUACAAGGGAAAUUAAUUUUGAGACAAUGCAUCCAUUAAAUUCUUACGCUGGUGGGCAGCUUGAUGAUCCACUUAUUCGACACCCCUCAGAUGGCGGCUCUGAGGCCAGUGAUAGGGAGUACCCUGACGCUAGACACAAUAGUAGGUCCAGUAUUUCAUCCGAACAGGACACUCCACCCAGGAAAGGAAGUACAGGAUCACAGACCAAAUCAUCCAGUGUUACCAUGACAAUGAGGUCCAACUCACAAUCUAGGAUGAGUCCAUCACCUGCUAAUGAAAUUAACUACAAUAUUAGCCUUCACAUUGGAGAGGUCAAGGGAGAUGGUGCAAAUGGCAAUGUCUACAUUGUCCUAUUUGGGGACAAAGCAACCACUCCCAAAAUCCAGCUGCGCAAAGCUGGGGACAGUCAGAAUAGCUUCAUACGAGGAGAUAUGUACAGAUUCUCUGUGAACACAGUUGAUGUUGGCAAGAUUGACAGGAUCAAGUUGAGUCAUGAUCACAUGGAUUUUGGUUCAGGCUUCUUUGUCAAGGAAGUGCUCAUCCAUGUGCCCAUGACUAAGGAGGAGUUCACCUUCCCAUGUAACUUCUGGCUAUCACAAGAGCGACAGGAGGUCAUGCCUGACAGAGAGACCACUCGCUCACCACCCAUCACCCAGCAGUAUGAUGUCUCUAUGCAGCUCGGCCGUGUGUUCAACCCUAAUGCCAAGCUCUACCUUCAGCUUUGUGGAGACAAGGGGGAGAGUAGCAGGAUCGUUCUAAGACCCACAGGGGGACCUACCGAUACAUUCCAGGAAGGAAAAGUUUAUAAGUUUUCAGUGGAAAUGCCGACUGUUGGAAAGUUGGAUAGGAUUCGUAUCGGCCAUGACUCCCACGGCCCCGACAAGGGGAUCUACGUAGACGAGGUAGAGGUGACGCCCAAAGGGGAAGAGCUCAUCUUCUUCCCCUGUGCCUGCUGGCUGGCUGAAGAUAUCGGCGAUGGCAAGGUGGAGAGGGACGUUCUCAUGGGCCACGCCCCUGCCCCCAUGGGGACAGAUGCAACACACACGGUGUCUGUACGGCUGGGCGAGGUUCUUAACUACAAUGCGCAACUGUAUGUGUACCUCAUCGGUAGUCGCGGGGAGACCAGCAGGGUCCCACUUAAGCCUGAUGGACCCCUGGAGAGGGACAAAUUCUACAAGUUCCCCCUGGCUUUGACUGUCGAUAUUGGAACCAUCGAGAAAAUUGUCUUGGGCCAGAACAGCCGUGGGUACGGCCAGGGUGUGUUUGUUGACGAAGUAGACGUCCAGCCCACCAACCAGCCACCAGUCCACUUCCCCUGCCAGUGCUGGCUCGCUGAGGAUGUCUGGGACAGCUGCACUGAACGCGAACUAGAGCCCGGGGUCCCUGUGGAAAAACCCUCAAACACGACGUACGAGCUGGAGUUCAAGACUGGCGACCAACCAGGCGCCGGGACGGACGCCAACGUGACCUUGCAAAUCUUCGGAGCCAAAGGUCAGACGGAGAAGAUAAUGUUACGCCAGGAAGGGCGCACGCGUACCCUGCAGCGCUUUGACCGCGGAAGGACCGACAAGUUCGACGUGCAGACCAUGGACGUGGGGGAGGUGUACAAGGUUCGUAUCAGUCACGACAACACCAACCCCGACCCCGCGUGGUUCCUGGAAAAGCUGACUAUUUACGUGGAAGACCAAGACCAGAAGUACAUCUUUCCUGUCAACAACUGGAUAACUAUAACCGAGAACGACACCAGAGCCACUGUGGAUAUGGAGCCAAUUUUUGAGGAGCCCAUCGCGAGGAUAGAGAGAGAAGUCCCCGUCAUGGCGGAGUACCCGUAUCUAAGCCAGCAAAUGGUCUUAUACACAGUCUCGUUCAGGUUGGGACCGCUGAAGGAUCCCUUCACAGAAAUCUUCCUGAUUCUUCACGGCGAGUCGGGCGACUCGGAGAAGAUACCGCUAAAAUCUGCUCACGGUAAUCGGCUAGUCAGCGGCAAGAACUACAAAGUUAUCACAGAGAUACCGGACAUCGGACAGAUCAAAGGUGCUACGGUCGGGCACGACUCCGUAGGUCCCAAUAAAGGAGUGUUCGUGGAAGAGAUCGAUGUGUCGGCCCCAGCUGAGCGACCCACUCAGUUUCCAUGCCGCUGUUGGCUAGCCGAAGACGAGGACGACGGACAGACAGUGCGCAAGCUCAGACCAGGAGAGACGCUGACCUAUCCUUAUGAAAUUCUGUUCAAGCUCGGCGAAGUUCUCAACCCAAACGCGAAGCUCUUCAUGGUGAUUUACGGGACCAAGGGAGACUCGGGCAAACUCUACCUGUCGCCCUCGGACGGCAGCAAAUUCGCAAAAGGUCGCAAGUACAAAGUGAUAGCUGACGUCAGGGAUAUUGGAGAUGUCGAUCAUGUCCGUCUAAGCCAGGAAGGUCCAGGAAGGGGCGUGUUCCUGGAAGAAGUGGAAGUGCGCGCCAAGGACAAAGACCCUGUCAUAUUCCCGUGCCAGUGCUGGUUGGACGACAGCGAAGGCGAUGCACAGAAAUCUCGCGUUCUCAGGCCUGGGGAAUCCUUCACCAAGCCGUAUCUAAUUCGAUUCAGACUCGGCAAAGUUCUUGACCCAGACGCCAAGCUGUACAUGGUCAUCCACGGCACUCAGGGAGACUCCGACAAACUCUACCUGACCCCCUUGGACGGAAGCAAAUUCGCACCGGGAGGAACCUACGAAGUCGUCGCCCACGUGCCCGACAUCGGCGACAUUGACGAGAUCGAGCUCGGCCAGGAAGGUCCAGGAAGGGGCGUGUUCGUGGAGGAAGUGGAGGUCUACCCGCAGGACAAGGACCCCGUUAUUUUCCCGUGCAGGUGUUGGCUUGAUGAUAGCCAUGGCGAUGGCCAGAAAUCGCGUGUCCUCAGACCCGGGGAUGCUCUCACAUCGCCAUAUGAGAUCAUCUUCAGACUGGGUGAGGUGUACAACCCCCGCGCCAAGCUCUAUAUGAUUAUCCACGGCACUGAGGACGACUCGGAAAAGCUCUACUUAACACCCGAGGACGGACGCCCAUUUGUCAAGGGGCAGACGUACAGAGUCGUUGCAGACAUCGGCGAUAUCGGAGACAUCAAGACCGUAGAGCUUGGCCAGGAAGGUCCAGGCAGAGGCGUGUUCGUGGAGGAGGUGGAAGUACGCGCCAAGGGCAAAGACCCUGUCAUAUUCCCGUGCCAGUGCUGGUUGGACGAGAGCGAGGGGGAUGGACAGACCACGCGUGUCCUUACGCCGAACGAGCCGGUCGCACCCAUGCAAGAGGAUAUUUUAUAUAACGCGACGUUCGAGACGGGAGACAUCCCAUUCGCUGGCACCGAUGCCAACGUCUUCCUACAAAUGACCGGAGAAGAGGGUACGACAGGCAAGAUCGAGUUCGGCCAAGAUGAUGGCGCACCCACGCGCUUUGGCAAGGGCAGGAUUGACAAGUUCGCUGUGGAGACCAUUGACGUUGGGAAGCUGACGAGUGUGCGGGUCGGGCACGAUAAUACCGGACGCAGCCCGAAAUGGUUCCUGAAGCAGCUGAUGAUCGACAUCCCCUGCCGCGACGAGCACUAUGUGUUCCCCUUUAACGACUGGAUCACUGGCGAUGAGGUCGACUUACAGCCAGAGAGAGCCGAGGUAUAUACAAUUCUCAUGAAACUGGGCGAGGUCCUCGACCCUCAUGCCCCCGUGCAUAUCCAGUUGCUAGGCGACGAGGGUGAGAGCGGCAAGAUUCAAGUUAAACCUGGUGUUCGGCCCACAGACAAGUUCGAGCCUGGGAAAGUAUACAAGCUUAUGGCCAAGGUCAACAAUAUCGGUCCGAUAAGGGCCGUGCGCGUGGGACAAGACGAGAAUGGGCCCAGCAAGGGCCUGUUUGUCGAGGAGGUGGAAGUGACGUCAUCACAAGGAGAGCGCGUCGUGUUCCCCGUCAACUGUUGGACGGUGCCAAUCCAAGACGUCACCUAUGACGUAAUGUUCAAGACCGGAAGCCAACCCGAUGCUGGCACUUCCGCCAACGUGUUCUUCCAGCUUCACGGAGACAAGGAGAGCACGGAGGAGAUCCUACUAAAGGACGAAAACGCCAACCUGUUUGCCCGCAGCGGCAUGGACAAGUUCAAGGUCGAGACCAGGGACGUUGGCAAGAUCGAAAGCCUUCGCGUGGGCCAUGAUAACGCCGGCCCCAGCCCCGAGUGGUAUCUGGAGCAAGUGUGUAUCGACACGAAGGAUGAACGUUCCGUGUUCAAUGUCAAUCAGUGGAUAGGAGGCCGAAAUCCCACUGUGGUCAAGGUCCGACCGGAGCCGUACGAAAAGCUACCAGACUUGGAUUACCGUGUGACGAUAAAGACUGGUGACGAACCCGAAGCCGGCACUGAUGCGAACGUGUUCCUGACGAUGUACGGUGAGAGGGGACCAUCUGCUAAAUUCCUGCUAAAGGACAACGAAGAUAGAAACCAGUUUAGCCGAGGCCGGACGGACAAGUUCGCCAUCAGGGCAAAGGACUUGGGAAAGCUUACCCGAAUCCGCGUCAGUCGUGAUAACGCGGGCGUCCGGCCUGGUUGGCUCCUGGACAAAGUCGUGAUUGACAUCCCGGCAAAGAUGGAGCAGUAUGUGUUCACUUGCAGAAAGUGGUUGCUGCAGUCCGACCCAGACGCGAUCCUAGAGCUAGAUCCAGAGCCCUCCAAGGAAAAUGUGUACACUGUGGUUGCAAAGAUCGGCGAAGUGCGCGACCCUGGCGUCAGCCCGUAUUUCGUUGUCGGUGGCGAUAAGGAUGAGACUGGCAAGAUCAUGUUACGGGACGGCUACAAGCAGUCUCACGUUUUCAUGACCGACCACACCUAUCGGAUAUCCCUCAAGUGUCCGGACGUGGGCAAGAUCGACAAGAUCCGUCUCGGCGAUGACGGAGGUGGCAAAGGACGUACCAUGUAUGUCGAGGAAGUGACAGUCCUGGACAAUUUCGGUAACGAGACCGUGUUCCCUUGUCGGUGCUGGCUUGGAAUGGACGAGAACAAUAUGGUCAUCGUCAGAGAACUUCUACCCGGCCAGCCUGCACCGGACGACGUAGAGGAAGUCUACUACCACCUCACUAUCCUGACGGCGGACAAGCCAAACGCCGGGACCGAGUCCAAGGUGUACUUCCGUCUGUAUGGUGAUAAGGGAGAGACUUCUGACAUUAUCCUCGCUGACGAGAGAUUCAAGAGAUUCGAGCGUGGGCGAGCUGACAAGUUUGUCGUGCAAACAGCAGACGUCGGAAAACUAAACAGAAUGGUAAUCGGUCAUAAUAACACUGGUGUGGACCCGCCGUGGCUGCUAGAGGAGGUCCAUGUAGAUAUCCCGUCACGCAACGAGCACUACGUGUUUAAAUGCGGGCGUUGGUUGGCAGUGGUCAACGGCAAAGACGAGACAGAGACGGUCCUUUAUCCAGGAGGCGACAAGGGACCUGUUGAGGAAAUGCCAAUUAUGGAAGAAGUUCAAAACGAGGCGGAGUCUGCGAGACCAAUACAGGGCACUCUUAAUACAGAUUUCGGCGAUAUGGAGCUUGAAGAUACCGACUACGAGCUCGAAUUUAAGACGGCAGAUGAGCCCGGAGCGGGUACGGACUGCAGCGUGUACUGUCAGAUGAUAGGUGAUAAUGGGGACACGCGCGAGAUAGACCUCGGCGAAAACAAAGACGCCAUGCAUUUCCAACAAGGACAGACGGACAGGUUCCGCAUCCAGGCCAAGGAUGUAGGCAAGCUGCGCACAUUCCGUGUCGGUCAUGAUAACCGCGGCUCGCGACCUCGCUGGCUUCUUGACGAGAUUGUCGUCUAUCACAUCGCAAGAAAGGAGCGUUACGUAUUCAAGAACAACAGAUGGAUCGGUGGACCUGACCCAACACCCAUCGACAUACCACUCGAUUCAUGGACUUACUGCCAGUUAGAGAGCCAGAUGCCGGAUAUCCCUGACUUGCUGGACUACAUGCAGUCAGGUAACGUGGAUAAGAUGAUCCACGCCGGGUUCUACCUGCAACACUUGUGCUACAACGACGACGACGUCAAGAACAAAGUCAGAAUCCUCGGCGGAAUCCCGAUUGUCGUGCGUUGCCUGAGUCACCAGAAUGACCAGGUCAGGUUCGCCGCCGCGUGCGUGCUGAGAAACCUGUCUUCUGGUACUAAGAGCGACCAGAACAAGCUGGAAAUUGCAGACUGCGAUGGCAUUGAAAAAUUAAUAGAAAUGCUACAAAGAUCAGACAAGCCUGAGCACCGGUCUGCUGUUCUUGUCGUGCUAAGAAAUCUCUCUAUUCUCGUGACCCUUCGCCUGCGCAUCCUAAGGCUGUGUCUACACAUGCUCGUCAUCAUAAUCAUCAAGACGUACUCCGGCUGGGAUCGAAAUGUCGCUCAGCGCGAUCCACCUAAGAUGGACGGUCAGUGGUCUGAGCUGCUAAGACAUGCGACGCGCAUAGUGCGUAACCUGUCAUCCGCUGGACUGCAGGCUCGGGAAGAUAUGCGUAAUGAGGAGUACUUGAUUGACUGUCUCGUUUGGAUCAUCAGGACGUCCGUAAAAAACAAGAACUGGAACGACGAGUGUGUGGAGAACUGUGUAUGUACGAUGCGUAACUUAUCGUACCGACUCGAGAGCGAACUCGACCGAGACAUCCACACAGAUGACGAAGUCCAACUGGACAAGGCCGUGGUUAAGGAACAGCAGAGCCAAGGAUGCUUUGCGGGCUGCGGAGGCGGCAAGAGCAAGAAGAAGAAGAAAAACGCGAAGAACUCUGAUAUGAGUCCCAUGACUAAUAAGGGACCUGCACAGGGCGCAGCCCUUCUGUACCAAGGUACCACCGUGCAACAGUACUUCAUCCUUCUGAAGAACGCGAAGAAUAACGAGACCUUGGAGGGAUCUGCUGGUGCCUUGCAUAACCUGACAGCAUGCUCGUGGAAGUGGGCCAUCAAGAUCCGCGGUGAUACGAGACGCGAGCAAGUCAUACCGAAUGUGAUCAGCCUGCUGAGGAUCGACUACGACCCGACUAUCCGCGCGUCUGCCAUAUUGCUGAGGAACCUGUCAGUGGACCGCGAGAACAAGAGGAUUAUUGGCGAGAAAGGCACAGGGCCCCUGGUGAAUCGCCUGCCGACCGGUGAACCUCGUGAGCCUCGUGUCAUAAACGACGCUACCAUCGUGUCAAUCAUGUGUGCGCUGUACCAGCUGGGCCAGAAAAGCGAGAAGAACGCCAAGAUCCUGCGUAAGACCACAGGCAUUCGGCGGAUGGUGCGCAUUGCCAAGUCACAAGAACGCUACGACGACCGAGUCGUACGGACAGCCAAUCAGACUCUAGCAAGCUUGUCUGCCAACGAGGGCUUGAAGGAACAAAUGAAGAACGAAGAUUGGGACGUUUCCAACGCUCAGAAUCACGACCUGUCCGAGUUUCCCGACGAAUUGGACAAGAUUUCCGCGCCCGGAACCCCAUCCGGAUCGAACAGAUCAUGGCGGAACCAGUCGCCACAGGUAGAUCGCGACCCCGAGCUCUACAAAAUCGAGCGACAAGGAGAGUUCUACCAACGCAGUCCCACCGCGGGCUCAGCCGGUAGAGCAAGCCUGGACCGAAUGCCACCGCCCUCUAGCCGCUCGGGUCGCGGUAGCACAUCCGGGAGUCAGCAUGGGAGCGAGGCUAGCGAUAAGCCUCAGAGCUGGCGUAGCAGCCUGAAUCAGCUCCCUCCGCCGUACACGUCAGACGACAGCCUGAGAGGAUCACGUGACGUCUACGAGAUGAAGGAUAGAAAGCCUAACGGUCCGCCUGUGGCGUCGCCGGGAAAGAAGAGAGUCCCGGAUCAGGACGACCCUAACGACUUGGUCUGAACCACGCCUUGACUAUAGGGUGAGGAGAUCGUCUCGCAUAAUUUGUCAUGAGCAAGAAGAACGGCGUUGCGGGGUGGCUGGGGGAUGAAGCGAGCCACGCCUCGGAUCCAUCAAGUGUAGUUAGCGGAGAAGUUGGCAAAAUGGAAGGGGUGCAGAAAUUGGGGAAGAUCCAAUAAUAGGGGUAUUCUAGUAAUGUCAUGAUUGAAAGAUACGGGAGUAGCCAUGCUUAUCUCGCGUAUGUUGAAUCAUAUUGCUGUUUUCAAUGUGCAAGAGGGCCCCUGCUUUCCUCUACCCCAAUUUCCUACCAACCCAUUAGAUUAAAUGUGCUGACACGGUCCUUAAAAUGUCAGACUAGCUUGUCUGAGGCCUGGGGGUCGGCUCUCCGUCAAUAGCAUUUCCCCCCAAGAAAUUCCAGUUAUUUUAAUCCAAGAUUAACAGUGACCUUCUUCAUAAUAUCUCCUCUGCGAACACUGUGACAAUUAUUUUAGACUAGAAAGGAUACACAUUGAAGUACGCUUUUGCCACAGGCUUAUCGAUAGAAUAUUUUUGGGGCCAGAUUUUUUGUUUAUCAAGACAACACACAUUUGAAGUAUGAUAACAUUUGUUGCCACUUUACGAGUGCUCUUAUGAUCCCGCCCACUUUGUAUUCAUUGAAACCUUCAAAGCGGUCAUCUAGAUUUGUUUGGGAUAUAGUGGGGAUACUGGCUUGUUCGCCAUUGGCAAUUUCCACUGUUUUUAUAGAAAUAAGCAAUGCUGUAAAUGUAUUUUGAAAUGAUGUCGGACGAAUGCCUUAGAUUAAAAGCAUUUUAAUAUUUUUAACUAAUAUUUGUAUUUUAGAGUAGAUUAGAUCAUCCACCUUUCGUCUUGUAUCGCGUUACUCACCAUGUAACUUAUUUUUUCUAAUAUAUUAAAAAUGCAGAAUUUUCUAUGCUAGGUAGAUAGAAGUAUAAAUUUAAUGCAAUUAGAUGUAGUAUAUUUUAGAUAUUUUUGCAUAUAUAUUUUGCACAAAUGUAAUUGAUAAAAGGGCCAUAGGCCGGCACUCCCUCCAAUUCAAUAGAUGUUAAUUCUCUGUUGAUUAAACUUAUUUGAAAACCA